AUGCGUUACAAACUCACCUCAAACGGGUUGAAAAAUGGUUCUGCCUCUCUCCCAACACCUGCUACCCGCGUUGCAAAUGGCGAGACCCCUCCCAACUGGAUCCCCUGCGCCGAGCAACCUGCAUAUGCGCGACGGAAACUAAAGAUAAUUUGCAUUGGCGCGGGUUACUCGGGUUUGACGCUUGCCUACAAGAUCGACCAUGAGCUGAAGCUCAGCGAUUUUGUGGAAUUGAAGAUCUACGAAAAGAAUCCUCAGGUUGGUGGAACAUGGUUUGAGAAUACCUAUCCUGGUGUCGCUUGUGACAUCCCUGCCCAUGCAUACACAUUUUUAUUCGAGCCUAAUCCAAACUGGUCCCACUUCUAUGCACCCGGCCCCGAGAUCGAGGAGUACAUCCAACGCACGACAAGGAAAUGGAACCUGGACAAAGAUAUCCAGUUUAACACCCAUGUUACGGAGACGGUGUGGAAUGAUGAGACAGGGAAGUGGAAGGUGGAGGUAGACCAAGGUGGCACAAUCAUGCAUGACGAGGCUGAUAUUCUGGUCAAUGCGGCCGGGUUUUUGAACAAAACCAGCUGGCCGGACAUUGAGGGCCUAUCUAGUUUCAAGGGAAAGUUGCUUCACACUUCGAUCUGGGAUAACGAUUACGACUGGUCAAGCAAACGUGUUGCGGUCAUUGGUAAUGGCGCCUCUGGAAUUCAAUGUGUGGCUGCAAUGCAGCCAAAGGUCGCACAGCUUGUCAACUUUGUGCGCAAUCCGACCUGGGUUUCUGUUAACUUCUGUGCGGAGAAAACACAGAAUGGAGGCAAUUUCCGCUACACAGAAGAGGAGAAAGCACACUUCGCGGAAGAUACCGAGGCUCAUUUUAAGUAUCGAAGAGAUGUAAAUGCGUUCUUCUAUGGCAUGUAUAGAGACCACCCGAUGCAAUUGGGUUUGACACAAGCUUGCCGGCAACAAAUGGAGGAGCGAAUGAAAGGCAUCUCCGACCCAGAAAUUCUGUCAAAGAUGCUUUCUCACGAGUUCCGUCCUGGCUGUCGCCGCCUGACGCCAGGAGAUGGGUAUCUGGAGGCCUUUUCCAAUGUCAAUGCAACUCUCACUUUCGAUCCGAUUGAGCGUAUCACAGAACAGGGCAUCCAAACCACCAUGGGUGAUGAACAACAAUUUGACGUGAUAGUCUGUGCCACAGGGUUUGACACUUCCUUUAUUCCAUCUUGGAAGAUGAUCGGUCGCAAUGGAGCCACAUUGGAAGAGCGAUGGAAAGGUAACCCGGAGGCUUUCUUUGCUGUCCAAGUGGACACCAUGCCGAACUAUUUUAUCUUCAACGGGCCCAAUUGUCCUAUCUCCCAUGGUUCAGUUCUGACACAGAUCUCUUGGACAUGCGAUUACAUUCUCCGCUGGGCGAAGAAGAUUUCUUCAGAGGAUAUCAAGUCAAUUGACGUUAAAAGGGAAGCCAUGGAAGACUACAAUGUCUAUUGCCAGGAGUUCCUCAAGCGUACGGUCUGGUCGGAUGAAUGUCGGAGCUGGUACAAGAAUGGAAAAAGUUCAGGUCAUGUCACCGGGGUAUAUCCAGGCUCGGUCUUGCACUUUAAAGACUGUCUUGAAAACAUUGGUGGCGAGCACUUCCAUAUUGAUUACCGCUCUAAGAACCGAUUCCGGUUCCUAGGAAACGGUGAAAGUGCGCGUGAUCAGCACGGAGCAGGUGAUUUGGCGUGGUACAUGGACGAUAUGAAAGUCUCCAAGCCGCGGCUCUAA